AUGGUGGAAAACCCUGAUGGACAAAACAUUGUUACCAAUCCAACUUCCAAACAACCAGGCUUCGAUUUGUCUAGACAAAUUUGGGUAACCCUGAAUCGCAUUAGGACCGGCCAUGGAAGGUGUAAUCACAUGAUGUUCAAAUGGAAAUUGCAUAAUACUUCUUCGUGUGUCUGUGAAAAUGAUAAGCAAACAAUUUCCCAUAUAACAACUGAAUGCCGCCCGGUUUGUUUAUUCAAAGGCACUUUAAAUGAUAUUCCCACAGCUAACAAGGAUGUAGUCGAUUGGAUACGAAAUCUGGAAAUUAAUUUAUAGCAUAUAGUCUCAAAUAUAUUCCAGCUUUAAUAGUUAACACUUGUCAUAUUAAGCUUAUUUUUAAUUUUAUUUACUAUAGUAUAUGUCUCUGUUAAUAUUUACAUGUUUAAAUCUGUUUCUCUACUUUGUCAUACGAAAUAUAUAUAUAUAUAUACCUGGACGACUCUCACUCUGCCACAAGUAACUACUUGAAACGCACCUAUGGGAGUGACGUGCGUAAUUAAUAUUAUAAAUUAAAGUGUAGUGCACUAAGGUGGCCACACUGUUUAAGAGAUGUUAUUUUCGAUAGAUUUGGUAAUUGUGCUGUAUAACCUUUAUCUUUUUUUUUACAUAUAUUAAAUAUUCAACGUAAUACAACGUAACUAAAAGACGAAGAUUAGAAGAAGUCGGUGAUCGCAAUAUAACUAAACGGCAUCUAGUUCAAAUGGAAUAAGCAUCCAUUCUAUAGAGUGUCCCAUUAAUAAACACGAGAGGAAGGACACCGAAGUGUAUUAAUAAAAAAGAAAAGAUAAUAGGGACGGGUGCAACCACUGGUGUAGGUGGGAAGUUGGAAGGUAGAAUACAAACGGGAAUUUAAUAGAUAUCUAUAAGCAAUGAUAAACCAUGUUUUAUGAAAAAAAAGAUUCAAAACGUAGUUCAGUUGAUAGUGAUGCUUUGUUAGCAUUAUAUGUCAUAUUAUAGUAAAUAGGUUCUAAAUAUUUUUUUUUAUAACAUUUGUCUAAUAUUGUACCGAUUUCCAGAAUUUCCUAAGUUUUCGCGGUUUUUCAAUGUUUUUUCCCAGUUUUUCACAUUUACUGAGAAAACUCUUAAGAAAAUUGAAAAACUACCUCUUUAAAGUAUUGAUAUAAUAAAAUGUUGGAGCAAAAUUGCUAGUAGAAAAGUUGUCCAUAAAAAAAUAAAAAUCAUAAUAUUAUAUAAAUAUAUUCCGUACAUAUUCCCGUUUUUAUUUUCUGUUUUUUGCGUAUGAUGAGAAAACUCUUGAAAAAAUAAAAAAAUGACCUCUUCACGCCAAUUUCCUUUCAAAAAAGUUGCUACACGUAAAAAUCGGAACAAAUCUUCUGGUAUAAAGUUGUUCACAGAAAAAAAAUAAACUUUGCAGACCAUAAACUUCUUCGCUGCACUCAGAAUCUAAAAUGUUGUCAAAUAAGCAACAUCAGUAAGAGUGCAGAAGGAAAGCUUUACAAUUAUGGACAUACUUCGCACAGCGGGUGGGCCACUGUUGUAGGUAAGAAGUCGGAAAAGUAGGAUAAGGAGAUGAAUUUAAUGUAUACCCGGACGUAACGAUUUACCAUUACCAUCGAUUUUAUAAAAUCAAUUUGUUAUUAAAAUUUGUAAUGAUAUGCUAUUUAAGCUAUCAUACAUUAUGUAAAUUAAAAUAUUAUAUAAGAAAUAAAUCAAACAAUUAAUAACGGAAAUGAUUGUUAAACAUUUACAUCCGAUUCCAUUAUUUUUUCUUAUCAAAUAACAUAUAUUUUAGUGCGAUAUUUACUCAUCGUAAGGAGAUAAUACUUAAGCUAUCAUGUAUAAUUAAAAUAAAUUAUAAUAAUUUGUAGCCAUUAAUUAUUAGAUUAAGUUGUUAGUAUUAACCAGAUUAAGAUAACACAUUUACACACGCACACAUACAGAGAUCUCCAGUUAUAAGAAGGCCGGCCACUUCUAAUCACGCUCAGUGUAUGUAUUGUUCCCGAUGCUUUUGGACAGAUGAUCACAAGCGAGUGUAAAAGACUACGCAGAGAUUUUUACAAAAGCACGGGAACCUAGAACAGUGUUUUAUAUUUAAAAAAUUUAAUAAAAAGGAAACAGUUGUUAUAUUAAAAUCUUUUUAUUUACUACGGUCACCUUUAUCAAAUUCAACAGAUCAAUUUGCCGCCUGAAGAAGAAAGGUAAUCAAAUUUAUAUUUAACUUACACGUGUGAAUCAAUUUUAUAUAAUUAGGCUGGCCUGCCCCGCCUUUAUUUUUGAAUUACAACAAUACCGACAGUCAGUAUUCACUAUAUAACGUUGUUUUUAAUAGUCAAAAUAUAAGAGUUAAUAAUAUUAAAGUGAAACUGUAAAUUGUAUUAUAACACAUACAGAACACUUUCUGACAUUGAAUUUUUGUUGAUGAGAUAUUCUGGUUGACCUAAAGCGUUUGUAACGAUAAUAAUGAUAUUUUGUUGCAAUUUUAUAGCUGUUGGUCCUAUACCUCGUAACAUAGAUGCUAUACAUUUACCGAAAAGAUCAUAAUUGUGUUCUUUACAGUGACUUACGAUGCACAAUUUGAAAUUUCCUAUAAUUUUUCAAUAGCACUAGACAUAAAAUUUAUUUCAUGAUCAUGAGUAGUUUUUUAUUUUUCAAUGUUGAAGAUUGUGGUUCAAUUUUUCAUUUUACUGUCUUUUAAGGUGUAUCUAGAUAUGUGUAAAUAGAUAUUUUUAAUACAUUUUGUGACAUGUCCUCAGAACUCUUACUGGCAUUAUAAUCAAAAUUUGAUUCUGUGUACUGCUUAUCUAUUGGGGUUUCUUUGUAACAUUCUUUGGGAGUCUCGUCGGAAUUAUCUUUGGGAAUAUCUGAAUAUUAAUAAUAAUUAGACCUAGUAUUUUAACGACCUAAAAAAUUUAGACUAAGUUUCGUAUUUUUAUGUAAUAAUAUUAAUUUUUUAGGUUCCUGCAACAACAGAUGAUAGGAAAAAUAUUGAAUAUGGUUUCAGAACGCGAUGGAACUUUCCCGGAUGUGUAGGAGCUUUAGAUAGUAAACAUAUUGUAACACGUACUCCUCCCGGAAGUGGUUCAGAUUAUUUUAUUUAUAAAAACAGUUACAGGCUUACUAGUGUUACUGGCUUUGGUGGAUUCAAAUUAUUGUUUUUUGUAGAUCAAUAUUGGAGCUAAAGGAAAGGGAUCAGAUGAAUGUAUAUUUCAAAAUAGUACUUCAUGUAACGCUCUCGAAACAAACUCACUUGCAAUACCAAAAGAUUUCGUUAUUUUGGCUGAUUACGCGCUUCCAUUGAAAAAAUAUUUAAUGGAAUCUUAUAGCCGAUGUAAUAUGUCUCAAGCAGAGAGAAUUUACAAUUAUCGUGUUUCCCGAGGGAGACGUGUAGUAGAAAAUGCCUUUGGCAUACUUUUAAGUAAAUUUAGAUUGUUUGAAAAACCGAUUUCAUUAAAAUUAGAAACACUGGAUAAUGUUGUCAUUGUGUGCUAUGCAAUUCAUAAUUGGUUGAAAAAAACUAACCCACGAUAUGUUAUCGGAGAUCUAAUUGAUUAUGAAGAUAAAGAUAACCGAGUUUUCCCUGGAUCAUGGCGUCAAUAUACAAAUGUAUUACAGAAUAUACCAUUACUAUACAUAUAG